CACCGAUUCGUAAUUCCUUCAUCAUCUUUCCUUUCCAUUUCACUUCAUCUUACUAUAAGAACUGUUGUAAGAAAGAUUUAGAUAUAAAACAAAAUGGGGUUAUUAGAUCAAGCUAAAGAAUUUGUUGGAUCUGAAGAAGGAAAAUCGAUGAUGAACAAAAUCAGAGGACAAGGUGUUGGAGGAGCUCAAGAAGAUAACAGUUAUGGAUCCGGUAUGGGUCGUCAAUCUAAUCAAAGCAUGAACGAUGAUUCCAUGAUGGGUAAUAACAAUUAUCAAAAGAACAAUGAUAAUGAUUAUCAAAGUAACGAUAAUUACAAUUCCAACAUGCGUCAAAACCAAAGCCAAGGAGGUCUUGGUGAUAUGAAUUCGAAUUCGAAUCAAACCAGUUCAAACAAUGACGAUUAUUCUUCUCGUUCUAAUACCGGUCUCAACAAUGAUGAAUAUUCUUCUCGUUCUAAUGAUGGUAUGGGAACUAGAUCUGGUGUUUCAAGUGGUGGAGUUAAUGAUAGUUAUCAAUCGGUUGGUUCUGGUGGUUAUGGUACAAAUGAUCAAGGAGAUUCGUUUUCGAGAAACAAUCAAUCAGGUUUUAAUAAUGAAGAUUUGAAUUCUUCUUCUGGCACUUAUUAAUUCUCAAAGCUUCAUUUCUUGAGCUUUUGAAGAUCAUGCGUUUCAAAAUUGAAUUGUAUCUUUUCUUCUUUGUAGCUUUAUGAUUAGAUAAAAAGAUUGAAAUCAAGAUCGAUCAGCUUGUAUUCAUUACUAGUUAUUAUUGAUUGCUGAUUAUUAUUGAAAGUUCAAGGCUCUCAAUCUGUGCUUUUUUGUCUGCUUU